CGGGCUGCCCGCGGAGCUGGGGGAAGGGAGGAAGCGCACAGAGGAGAGAUCCCCGCCAGGACAGAGUGUGCCUGGGGAGGGGAGAAGGGGCAGGCCGGGGAGCGGGGAGUGUCGCCAGCAGGAAGCCAUCCCUCGUAGUUCGAGCGCGGCCCGGCUCGGCCGGCCCUCCGUGACGUUACUCAUCUUCCAGGGAUCUCUCCUCUCGUCUCUUCCCCUCCCCUCCCUCUUACCCUCUUUCCUCUCUCCCUCUCCCCCCUCCUCCCUGUCCCCUCCCCCUCUCUCCCUCGCAUCCCAGUCUCUGCACAUCUCUCUCCAUCAGCUUCCUCCGGACCUUCACCGCCACCACCAGCAGCAGUAGGAGCAGCAGCACCUCGGUGGUCGCGGCAGCAGGAGAGGGACCGCCAGCGGCUCCCCCCCCCCCCGGGGCUCCCACCCCCCUUUCCUCCUCCUCCUCCUCCCUGCCCUGCCCUUCCCUGCUCUGCUCGAAAGGGAUCUCCCUUCUCUCUUUACUCAGCCCCCCCACUGCUGCUGCGCCCCAGGAUCCCAGCCCCCCUCCGCCUGCCCGCCCCCCUCCAGAGCCCUAGAAGCCGCGCGGUGGAGACAAGGAUGUGACUGCACCCGUGGGGCGGAGGGUGCACUCAGCGGCGGCGGCUGCGGUCCGAGCGAAGCUGCGGACGCCCGGGGCUCCCUCUCUCCUAGCUCGCCCUCUCUCCUCCGGCUUCCCCCAGUCCCUCCUCCGCGGCCCCGGGCCGUCUCGCUGCCCCGACCCCGUGCCUCCCGGCUUGCCGCCUCGGGGCACCCUUCCCCUGCCCCGGACCGCCCCUCUUCGGCCGCCCCCCUGCUCCAGCGCUGACCCUGUCCGCAGGCGGGGAAGGAGGAGGAGGAGGAGGCGGCGCCGCCAAACCACCCGGCGAGAACAUGUCGGAAGUGUUGCCGUUUAACGAGGAAAAGCUGGGGCACUAUGGAGACGGGGGGGACGUGGGCCAGAUCUUCACGUGCCGCCUGCAGGAUACCAACAACUUCUUCGGGGCGGCUCAGAACAAGAGACCGCCCAAACUGGGCCAGAUCGGCAGGAGCAAGAGAGUUGUUAUUGAAGAUGAUAGGAUUGAUGACGUGCUGAAAAAUAUGACAGAAAAGGCACCUCCUGGUGUUUAAAGCCCCCAAAGACACUGAGUUAAGGGAGAAAAUGAUGAUAAUAAACACAGCAACUUCACACAGUUUAUUGGCAAAAACAAAAACAAAAACAAAAAAAGCACUUUGAAAAAAAUCUUCAUUACUCUAGCCUGCAGUCCACAAUGCCGACACACCACCAACCUGUAUCUUGUGUCAGGCCUGGGGACAGAAGAGGUGUGAGAAUAGCAAGGACCGGAAAGGCUCUAGGGUCCUCUGCAGAAACAAAAACAAAAAAAAAGCAAAAAAAAAAAGCAAAAAGAAAUUAUUCAGUAAAUCAGUGAAUAGAUAUACACACACCCAUAAGGAAAUCGACAUCAGCUGCAGCUGUUUGUCUAAAUUAAUAUGCGUUUCCUUUUAUAUACAGUGAAUAUUGCGCAAUUCUAGACCUGGAUUUCCAGCCACUUUAAAUAAUGCAGCAGCAGCAGCAGCUACCGCCUGCCCAGCAAAAUGCCUCCGGGUUCCUGGUGGGAGGGGGGGGGGGGCUGGCAUCCCCUUUGCUGAUCUGGCUGCCCUGAAAGUCAGCCUUUUGUUUACAUUAUUCCCAUCUGGCAAAAAUGAUUCUGUGCACUUAGAUGUGAAAUGCUGUCCGUUUCAUUUUUACAGAAAUGUUCAUAUCCUUGGAUGUGUGUAAAACAAAACAAAACAAACAAAAAAAAGCAAAAAAAAAAGCAGAAUGACAUAUAUAUAGAUAGUUAUUCUAUUUCGUUUUCCCGCCACCUUGGAAGGUCUCCCUUGGUGGGAUGUUUCGUGCGCUCGACAGAACAAAACCAACCCACUUUCCCUAAGGAAUGCCAUCUAGGAAGAGUUUUCUUCUGUUUUCAAUGUGCUGUGAAGCUUGUGAUCUCUGGACUGCUUGCAAGCAAUCCGGGCUCCAGUUCACAUGGAGGAAUUUUAUUUGUGACGGGAGGAGGAAGGGGAAAACACACAAACAAACAACCCCCACCCAACCUUCUUGGAUCUGUUGUAUGAGCCCCCACCCUUGUUCUUUCCUCCUCCCGGUGUUGUGGCUAUUCAUCCUCUUCAAUGAAUGGAUUGUACAAAAAUGUGAUCACGAGAGUGCCAAAUAUCUGGAAAUGCCAAAAGGCAGUUUGGUUUGGUUCCCCUUUUCUGUGCUCCCUGAGCCCAUGUAAAGCAGUGCUUCGUUGGAGUCUCUCUUUUCUGGGUUAUUUCUCGGGCUUUCUUAAAGCAGAACUGCUCUCCUUUUUGCAUGAUGUUUGCAGAGAUGCCUCUUGCGCAGGGGGUGGGGGUGGGGGGUCUUUUCACCAUUUUCUUUUCUUCUUUUGGGUUUGCAACUUUGGAUGACAAACCUCAAAGAGGUUUCUUUCUCCUUCCCUCCGACCGUCCCCCUUUCCCCUCCUUUUCUUAAUUCAAUAUUGUGUAUAUGGUGCACUGUUAACCACUACACAGGGCUAUUUCUGCAAUGUACAAUAAAAGGGACUGUUCCUGUGUCUAA